CCUCCAGCGCCGCCGCUUGUGGCCCUUUAAAACAUAUGACGCCUGGUGAUCGCUGCUGGUUGUCUGUGCGUUCUGACAGUAGCGGGUUGUUGCCGGGUUACUUUCAAAGGUCUAUUCCUUUGACUUCCAUUCAAGACUGCAAAAAUGUCAUAUGGGGCUAUCGAUGGCAGCAGCUUCAGUGGACGGAACCCAUUUGGAGGACCUUCUAGGCAAGGAUAUCAACCUUUAGCAUCUCAGAUUGACCCCAAUGAAAUUCAAGAGGUGUUUCAGGAGCUUACAGCAAACAUCUUCCGCAUUAACACCAAUGUGACUUCCUUAGAGAAGAGUCUGCAAGCUCUGGGGACGCCGAAUGACACACAAGAGCUUAGAGAUGGACUGCACACAACACAGCAGGAGACGAAUAAAACCAUCAGCUCUUCAACGAAGUAUAUUAAGCAGCUCUCGGAAAUAGUGCGUGGAUCAUCUAGGCGAGAAUGGUUGCAGUUGGAUAGGCUUAAGAACCAGCUUUCGGACUCUAUCCAGCGCUAUGGAGGGUUGCAGAAGAAAGUUGCUGAGAAGUCCAGAGCAUUGCUUCCUGCAGCACAGCAAGACAGACAGAUUGCCAAGAACCCAUUCACAGAGAUCAGUGAUGAGGACAAGUUCCUUGGCAGGGGGUCUGGCAAAUGGCAAGCAGCUGACUCUUCAGAUCCGACUCAGGCCCAGAGUCAGGCAUUCCUUUCCGAAAUCACAGAGGAUGAAGUAGAAUCUGUAAAACAAAGAGAGGAGGCAAUAUUACAGAUUGAGGCAGAUAUGCUCGAUGUGAAUCAGAUUAUCAAGGAUCUAGCAUUAUUGGUACAUGAACAGGGUGAAAACAUUGACAGCAUUGAAGCCAACAUUGAGAGUGCCGCUUCGAAUGUUGUUGCAGCGAAUGACCAGUUGGCAAAAGCAAAUCAGCAUCAAAAAAGAGCUCGGAAGAUGAAAUGCUGCCUCAUUCUGACCGGUGUGAUCAUUUUGUCUGUCAUCAUUAUUAUUAUCGUGGUUUCAGUGAAGCACUGAACUUGGCACAAUAUACCUGCAGGAUUUUCCAGUUUUAUCCUUUCUAGUUCUCCAACUCAUCAAAAAAGAAUAAAUCAAAUGGAAUGAUGCAAAUCACAACCACAAAAAUAUUGCCAAUAUAAGAGCAGUCUACUGGUAACAUACACCUUCAAACAAACAAACAUCAAGAAUAGCACACAACUAUAGACUCAAAUUUAAUAGGUAGAUUUUCUAUCGCAAAUGGGUAAC